AUGUCGGCUCGUACGGAACAAGUCCUUGCGAAGUUUACCAGCCUACUCAAUCAACUUGCUCACUUCCUCAACGAGAACCAGAAAUACUUAUCGCCUGACAAAUGCAAAAACUGUUAUCAUUCUCUCCCACCUUUGGAGAAGUCAUCCCUUGGAAAAAUUAUUACACUAUUACAUAUUGGGGAGCCGAACGCAUCAAUGAGCGAGAAACAGGAUGUGUGUGGUUCGCACAACGGCGACUCAUCUGGAGAUUUGAUAGAUUCUUCUAACAAUGAGGAGCUCUCAGGCGACGAUGGGUUCUCCAGCGAUAGGAGAGGCUUGUCUGGAGACAAGAAGCUUGAUCUCUGGGUCAACCUGGGCCGUGGAUAUGCUAAAUGGGUUAUGGAGUUUAACGAGCGUCCAGGUUGCCUACUUCUGUUGCCGCUCGCUGUCUCAGAAACCGAUAGACGGUACCGUAAACAUAUAAAACCAGCCGUGCAGCAUCUCAUCAAGAUCGGUUUUCAAAAUGUCAUGCGCGAGUGGGACCUCUAUGCACUUGGUGACCGUAUUGUUCGGGGGCUAAAGGAGCGACGCCCGUCCUUAGCCAAGAUUGACGACUCCUACACAACACAGCCGCAAGCCCACGAUACGCAAUUACUCAAUCAUAUGGCGCAUUCGGGGACUGUCACGGAAGCGUUAUCGAAUAUGCAGGAGCAGAUGGACGCAGCGAUGGACCUUAACCCUUGGUUCACCAACUCAGCCGGAUCGAUUUCUAAUCCCGGGUCUUCAUCUAGAGGCGGCAGUUACGACAUUUCUGUUGAGAAAGCAUUUAACCGAAAUUCUACGCUAAGUUGUAUCAGACCGUAUGAAUCUGCAAUCUUCAGUGUCAUUCAAGAGGGAAAUAUUCCAACCAUAGUGACUCUUCUGCAAAACGGACAAGCCUCUAUCCAUGACGUUGACCCAUACGGACUUGGCCUUCUAUAUUAUGCCGCCUACUAUUGCUGGAAAGGUCACGGCGCUGCUAAAGCAAUGCAGGUUUGUGCAAGGUUAAUCGCAGCUGGUGCAAAUGACAAUUGGCUUGAUGAUAUCGGGAAUAACCCGAUGUAUACGCUGCUGGACUGCGCGCUAGUAUCCACAGCCAUGAGCGAUGGCUCCUCGUUCGAAUUUGCUAAAUAUUGUGGGACGAUUGCUGGUCUUUUCGGCAGAUCAUUGGCCGAGGUUGGGAAUGACUACCUAGGUAGUCGAGGAUUUACAACACUUCAUGAGGUCCUUCUACGAAUCAAUACCAGUCAAUCAUUGGAGGAGUUUCUCGACUGUUCAUCUCGAGGCGGAGAUAUUGCCGCUUUGAUUGAUCAGCCGGAUUAUCAUUAUCGAACUCCUCUAACAUGGGCUGUUGAAUUUGGCUGGGUUUACGCCGUCCGAACCCUUCUGAAGUACGGUGCUAAUCCACACAAAGCAAUUCUCUCGGAACGCGGCAAAUCUACUCUUCUACACCUGGUGCUUGCCGGUCCAUGUUCUCAGUUUUCGAAAGGCGACUUCAAUUCUGUUGUCGAGGUUUUGCUUGCAGAAGGCGUUGACAUUAAUGCGAGAGAUCAUGAAGGGUGGACACCAUUGCAUAUUGCAGCAUCAUGGGGUUACAUUCCUCGGAGGCUCGUGGAUAAUCAUGGACUUAAUUGGAAUGUCUUGACGUCCAUCGACGUCACCAUCCAGAUGGCGUAG